UUUGUGUAUGUAGUGCUUUGUUGUAAAUAGUAUGUUUUCAUUUAGUUGUGUUUUGUGUAUGUUAUAGACGAGUAGUGUAGUAACUUGAGUGUGUUUUGAUUAAUAAUGUUGGGCUUAAAAAUGUUACCAACAAAAAUGGUUAUUCUAUGAAAUUUUUGUGUUAUGUGGAGUUAGUGCUAUUUAGUAUCUAUAGAACAUGUGAAGGAACAUCUGUAGUGAAGGAUCAUCACAAUUAAUGAACCUACACAAGCGCCUAGCGUGUUCAAUUAUUCAAAGAACCGGUUUCUAUAUGCGACUUAUUUAAUUUGCAAAUCUUGAACCGAUGCAGACAAGUAUUAUGUGCAAUGGCAUUUUCACUAAAUAAAUUGAAAAAUAUUUUGAAUUCAAAUAAAGAAGCCCAGUUAGCUGGGAGUGGAAGUUUAGAACCAGAAAUUGGUUUCAAGUUGGCCUUACACCCAAUUACAAAGAAUUUAUAUGUGACAGUUAUUGGCGCCCGGCACCUCCCUUCCUUGUUUGGAUUGAGUCGCGCCCAUGGAUACCUUGUUAAGGUAAAAGUAUUUCCCGGCGAAAGUAAAUACGAAACGACGCUACAAGAGAAUUCAUGGCCGGUAUGGAACGAAGAUUUCAAAUUUCAAUUAAAGCAAAAAGAAGCGAAGAAGUCGUCGGACAAAAUUGACCUUCAGAAUUUAGUAUCCGGUCAUUUUUUAUCACUUACAAUUUAUGCUAUAUUAGAGCCGCCAAAACAAGAAGCCGACAAACGUAAAAACAGUAAGACAAUAGAUACUAAAAAUGCAAAAGUAGGAGAUCAAGAGGAACCCAAAGCUAAAACAGGUUUUCUGGAGAAAACAUUCAGUAGUUUCAAAGCGACAAAAGCUGAAGCGAUAGCACAAAAAUCUAUUUUGGAAAAACGACGGACCGUAGGGGCAGCCACUUGGAAUUUUGACUCUAAAUUAUUUCAAAAUGAUUUGAAGAACGGUUUGAUUGGAACUCCAGACAUAUGGAGGCCCAUAAAUGCGAUUGCAAGUGGAAUUACCGCAAGUGAAAAACGGGGUGAAAACACUAAAGGCCAACUGGAGGUGACCCUUUUGUACACGGCGAGCGAAGACGGUCUGAACGAUGUGGUUCAGUUGACAGUAAACAGAUUACGUUGCAGCGUCCACACAAUGCAGGAACACGAGAAAUAUAAAGCACCUCUAUACCUGAAAGCGACUAUAUUGGAGGCGAACAAAGCCGAGUGCUUCUGGAAGAGCGACAGAUUCGUCCCAACGAUAUCCGCCAGAUGGGACCCUAAAUCCGCGACAGUGAGGCUAUCGGUUUUCAAAGCGAGCCUCGAUCAAGUCAGCAUUUAUAUAAGCUUAGGAUGCAAAACUAAAAUGGCGAAGAAGGAAAUACUCGGAAAGGCGACAAUACACGCUCAGUCUGCAUAUUCUGAAACGUGGACGCAAUGUUUGAAGGAACCGGGCAUACCGAAAACGUUCUGGGUUCAAUUUCAAUAACGCGACACAAUUCAGUACCUUAUUUGAUAGUUACAUUGUCGGUUUCUUUGUUAUUUGUUGAUAUUAAUAUUUUUAUAAUUGUGACGUAAAUUUAAUUUUGAAUGAAAAAAUGACAAAUUAAUUUAACUUCGCACGUUUUACUAAUAAAAUAAUAUAUUGGA